AUGCUCAAGGUGGUAGAAAGCCCCGUGCUAAUCCUGGAGCUAUCGGUGUUGGAGGUGCUGGUGGAUGAAGUUGUUCCCAAGUUCGAAGAAGAGGUAGUUGAUGAUUGCGUUGAAGUUGUAGAAGUAUUGCUGAAGCUUGCCAAGGAUGUCGAGGUGGAGACGAGUGAAGAUGGAGAAGUAGUGCUAGAAUCUGUAACGAUGAUUGUUGACCCGCUGCUUGAGGAGCUCGAGGUACUGGAAGAUGACGAGGUCAAGGUUGUUGAGGUAUCAGUACCGCUCGUUCCUGUAGUAGUUGUGCUACCUGUGCCGGUGGAGGUUGAGGAAGUUGUCAGGGUCGAUGACCUGGACGAGCUGGAAGAGUCUGAGGCUCUGGGAUUGAAGCCGUACACGCUGAAAUACUGA